AGGCGGCUUUUGGUCACAGUUCCCCAGCUCUCCAAACUGGGCUGCGGAGCCAGGGGAAGAGGGAGGAGAGAAAAGGGAGGGGGUGCCUGCGAGGCGGAGGCUCACGCGCCUGCGCAUCCAGCUCCAGGGACCCUAGGUUUUUCUAUGGGAUUCCCAAUCUGCAGCAGAGAUUCACCCGAGCGUGUUGCGGCGGCGGCUGGGCUCGCGAGGCGCGAUUCAAGAGGGAUUUAAGCAGCCCAGAGCUCCAAGAAAAAGAGAGAGAGAACCACACACAGAGACGGCUUAACCGUUUAUCCGAAUUAAAUAUAUAUAUAUAUAUUUUAAAAGAACUGUUGAGUUUUAUCAUUUUCGUUAAGUGACCGUGCGCAGCGCUAUAACUGUAGAAUGGGGAAACAGAAUAGCAAACUGGCCCCCGAAGUCAUGGAGGACCUGGUGAAGAGCACAGAGUUCAAUGAGCAUGAACUCAAGCAGUGGUACAAGGGGUUCCUUAAGGACUGUCCAAGCGGGAGGCUGAACCUUGAGGAGUUCCAGCAGCUGUACGUGAAGUUCUUUCCUUAUGGAGAUGCCUCUAAGUUUGCCCAGCACGCCUUCCGAACCUUCGACAAGAACGGGGAUGGCACCAUUGACUUCCGAGAGUUCAUCUGCGCCCUGUCCAUCACCUCCAGGGGCAGCUUUGAGCAGAAGCUGAACUGGGCCUUCAACAUGUAUGACCUGGAUGGGGACGGCAAGAUCACCCGGGUGGAGAUGCUGGAGAUCAUUGAGGCUAUCUACAAAAUGGUGGGCACUGUGAUCAUGAUGAAAAUGAAUGAGGAUGGCCUCACGCCUGAGCAGCGAGUAGACAAGAUUUUCAGCAAGAUGGAUAAGAACAAAGAUGACCAGAUUACACUUGAUGAAUUCAAAGAAGCUGCAAAGAGCGACCCUUCCAUUGUAUUACUUCUGCAGUGCGACAUUCAGAAAUGAGCUGAUGUCAAUGCUAUGGACUGCACAGAAGUCUUGAUGUUCCAUUCAGUCUGCAGCUAUUCACAUACACACACACACACACACACAUACACACACAUACACACAAAUAUUGCUUGGACUACCUAUAAAUGGACUUGCUUCUUGUGUUUAACACUUGUGUGCAUGAGAAUGUCAUUUGCUAAUGAAUUUUAAAAGCAUAUAUUAUAAAACAAAACAACCUGCCACAAUGUGAUAUGUGUAAUAUUUCAUUAAAAAAGAAAACCUCCUCCAAAGCCUGGGCAGAAAUGUGCUGCGAAGAGUUACAUGAUUUCUUGUACAUGUUUUGCUGAUGCUCGUGAAUCCUUGAUUACAUGAUGUUAGUAGCACUGAGACCACCCUCGGUAAUGUAACUUAAUUAUGAGCUGCGUCACCAUUCUCCUGUAAAAUAGUACUAGACAGACACACAGUGGGGCAGGGGGCUUGGCCCCUGUGUUUGGUCCACACACAAGAGCUUGUAAUAUCAGUGAAUAUAAAUGUACUACAUUUGCAUGCCUUUUGGGUUUGCCUUAAUUCUUACCUCAUUUGCAUCCUAUCAAAAUCUGGAAAGCGCUGUUUUGAAUGAAUGCAGUGUAAAACUUAAAAAUCCUACUAAAUGACUCAUUAAGUGUAUCUGUCUAUCUAUAUAUACAUAUACACAAAGAUAUUAUUUAUUGAAAGUAAAAAAUGAUGGAAAUGUAUUGAUUUCUGUUUGAGUUUUCAAAGGUUUCAAAAAAAGGUGGCAAUAGAUGUCCCAAAUAAAUUUAUAACAUUUUAUUUAUUCCCCUUAAUCCUUAUUUUAUAAUUUUAAAAUUUAAAACAGAUGUUCAUAAUAAUCAAGGGACAGCUAGCAACAACUUACCACUAUCAAACACGCACCUUUGAAGAAUUAAUGACAAAAAGAACAAAUGAAACUUUUCAUCCAGGCCCACUUCACCAAAGAAAGACAAUCAAUAUGGCAUGUAACAUUUAAAGAAAACAGAAUACUUGUUCAUUCUGAAAAAAAUGUUCAUUAUCUGACAAUAAACUUUAAC